AUGUGCAGUGUCAUGGAUCAGGCAUCAGAAAAAUCAGUAUCCUCAGGAACGAGUAAAAACGAAAAGAUAGUAUCACAUACAUUCAAUCCACAAACAACUAAGAGAAGAAAAAUCAUUCCACCCAAGACUGGGCAUCAGCAUAAGAAUGAUGAUCAUCAUUCAUUGGUUCAUACGGGCAUUCCCGAAACUUGUUAUGGCAAUAUAGAAAACACGUACAACGAUAUAGCAAAAUUUUCCGAUUUGGAUCGACAGAUUUAUUACGAGCUUAAAUCAGAAGAUUUCGGCAAUAACUCUAAGUUCAGGCCGAAAUGGAAUAGAACGUUGAACGAUGUAUACGUUGCGCGUAAAUACCAGGGUUUUCUUCCUGAGGAAAGACUCAAAAAUGGUCCACUUUUAGAAUCAUUGGCCAAACGAAUGGCUCCACUGGCACACAUUAAGACACGAAAAGUUUGCCUGCCACGUUUUCUUCAAAAUCACAGAAGUACAUCGUCCAAGCCAAAGCAUUUCCAAGGUAAUAUCAACUAUUUAAACUUCUUCAAUCGAGAAGCUUAUGCAUUUCUUCAUUUCAAACGAACCCCGGAUGAUCCAGCACCAAGUUUUAAAUAUAGUCUUAUGGCGACUGAUGGAAGCAUGAUAUAUAGACGGCGUUUGAGAAGUGAAACAGAGCAUGGCAUUCAAAGAACAAUGUGGAAGCCAGGAGAGAAAGAACGCUUCUUUCAAUUACUUUCAAGAUAUUCCAUUCAUAGAAUCGAUGCGAUAUGUGAGCAGCUACCUUCAAAAUCGAAGAGUGAGAUACUCACGUAUUACCGGGCUCUUUCAAAGCAACUGAAGAGGAUGAAGAAUUCAAAGACCAGCUACCAAAGGCUGAUACCGAUGAGUGAAAUGCCGAUUGCUUAUGAAAUGAGUUAUGAAUACACGCAAUUCGAAGAAUCUCAAUCACGCCUCCUGCUAAAUGUUGUACCUCCUGAAGAUUUUAUGCGGACUCCCUUCAGUUCUAGAAAGCUUGAUAAGUACCAUUUGUGGGAUCACAACGAGGAUUUAAUCAACUGGGAAGGCCUUUCAUCCUCCUUUGGUCUUCGGAUUGUAAAUCCAAACACACGGAAAGGCUUUGAAGAAUCGGAAGACGACCAACUAGAAAUCAGAAUAAACCCGUUCAUCCGCAAGAUACCGACCUUGACAAAAAUCAUGCUUAAGGAUUUGACAGUCAACUUUUUGUACAGUCUCUUGCUUGGUGUUGUCGAGAAGAAGAUUGCUGCACAAACGGUCCAGAAGUUAUCCUAUAACAAUCGUGUUUUGAUGCCUGUUACAACUAAAGACAUUCUAGAAUCAUUUCAUCAAUUGACGAAUCGAGAGUCCACAGUGUUGGAAUUCUGGGAAAAUCUAAUCUCUGAGAUUGGGGGUGAGAUCCCAAAACGUGAUUUGAAGUUUCGAGAUCCAUGUCCUAUUUAUAACAGGCAGGAUGAGGAGUGUGAAAAGAAUGAUGCCAACAGCAAUAUCAAGUCGAAGCCUGACUUCAAGAAAAUUUCUGCCGAUUUUGAGGAUGCACUUCAAAAUACACUUUCUUUUGACGAUCUUCAAUACGCUGUAAAUGAUGACAUUAGGGAAAGAGCAGAUAAAGUAAAGUCUGAAAUUCAGGAUUCGGACGAUGAUCUAAACGUUUCAUUUGAAUGGAAUGAUACUGUAUCCGCAAAGUCUGAAGCAGCAUCAGAUAGUGAUGAAAGUAUGCUGGAUGUGGGAGCAGUCAAAGUAAGAAGAAGUAAAAAGAGGAAACGGGAAGAAGAUGAAUUCUUCGAUGAAAAGGAUCGAUUGUUUGUCUGUGAUGACCCGAAAACGGAUAAAGAGCUUGAGAUGUCGGAAAAGUUGUUUUUGAUGGAAACAUCACUACUAGAAAGGAUGGAUCAUGAAGCUUCCGUGAAGUACGAACGAUUAUGUUUGGGAUACAUGAUGUCACAUCCACGUUUUGUGGAUAAGAACGAUGAUGAGCUCACGAAAUUCUACAUUCUUCAAAAAUAUUACCCCAAGGAGCUUCCGUUUUAUUACAUCGAUGAUCUUCCUGAGAUGAAAAUCCUGCAAUUGCAAGCAGCAGAUAAGAAGAAAGCUGAUGACUGUGAGCAGGCCUUGAAUGCGUACGUCAAAAGAGAAGCAGCUUUAAAUGAGUGUAUGACAAAAAUCAAGAGUUAUGAACAGGAUUUGAGACCAUACAGCAACCUCAACCCGGAAGAAAAGUCGAAAACUCGUGAAAAACUCGAGCACGAAAGAAAUGUGAAGUAUAGUCUUGAGUCUACAUCAGAUUUGUAUAACUGGAUAAAGGGUCCUAUUCCAUCGGACUCAAAGACAGGCACCCUGAAUAUUCCACUUGAAUAUGAUGGAGAGUUUGUGCAUUUUGCACACUACAACGAAAACGAUCCAUACGCAAUGUGUGUUUUCCAGGAUGUCACAGAUGACAUGCUCUAUCUUCAUAACUACCAAUUCAGCUCCUACGAUAAAUAG